CCAGCACAGUCUCGGUGUUCGAACCCUUCCGCUCUUUACCCCCACUCAUCUGUACCACCAGAUCGCCACCUCGCACUCCUCACAUACCCUGCUGCUUGUUUCAAUCUCUCCCAAGCAAUCCUCAAGCGCCUCUAAUCCAAUCACUUCGCCAUGGCGUCGCAGACGCGCCAAACACCGUAUGCCCAGUCGGCAGCUCCUUCGACCGCAAGCCUCCUUGGUCCCAGCACGCAGAGCGUUCGCGCAGACCCCAGGCUACGCAGCGUCGGGAGCUCGGCAUCUCUGAACGACUCCCGAUAUGUUAGCUCCGGAAGGCAUGAUUCCAUGCCCCCUUCGCUUUCCGAUAAGUUUUCACUUGCCCCGGAUCCUACGUCUUGGGGGGCGGAUCUCUCGGUUGAGCACCAAGAGGGCGAUGACUACCUCCACAAUCCCGACCCCCGAAGGGACUACAAGAGCGACAAAGGAGGCCACAUCUUCACCUCGAGAGGUCUUGCGAACCUCGGCUGCUUGUUGAUCCUUUGCGCUGGGAUGCUCACUCUCUUCGCGGGCUACCCCUUGAUAACAUACUUCACCCGUUCGACUCCAUCUACCCUCGGUGGUUUCAACUUGGGAGGAAUCAAUGCCUCCGGACAGAUACCGUCCAUGCCUGGCAACUGGGGUAUGAUUGAUAUUGACACGCCGCAGGAGGCGCGCACAUAUCCCGACUUCCAGUCUGGCAAGAAUUGGCAUCUCAUUUUCAGCGACGAGUUCAACACUGAUGGUCGCACGUUCUAUCCUGGCGAUGACCCCUACUGGGAGGCCGUGGAUCUGCACUACUGGCAGACGAACAACAUGGAAUGGUACGACCCCGAAGCCAUCACGACCCGCAAUGGGUCGCUCGAGAUCACGCUCUCACAGAAGGAAAACCAUGGGCUGAACUACACGGGUGGUAUGAUGUCUACUUGGAACAAGUUCUGCUUCACCGGCGGUAUGGUUCUCGCCUCUGUUGUGCUUCCUGGCAUCAACAAUGUCGUCGGUCUCUGGCCUGCCAUCUGGACGAUGGGCAAUCUAGGCCGUGCCGGCUAUGGCGCGAGUCUCGAGGGAAUGUGGCCCUACACCUAUGACUCUUGUGAUGUAGGUACAGCUCCCAAUCAGACUUUCAACGGCCUGCCCAUCGCCGCCACAAACACCGGUACCAAGGAUUACAAUUACGAGCUCUCGUACCUCCCGGGUCAGAAGUUAUCCCGCUGCACUUGCCCUGGCGAGUCCCAUCCUGGCCCUGUCCACACUGAUGGUACCUAUGUUGGCCGUUCCGCACCGGAAAUCGAUAUCUUCGAAGCGCAGAUCACCGGCCAACCGCUCACUGGCCAAGUGUCACAGUCCGCACAGUGGGCUCCCUUCAACGAAGAUUACACUUGGUUCAAUACUACGGAUAACCUCAUCAUCCCGGAUCCCACUAUCAGUGCGCUGAACGGCUACAAGGGUGCCGCCUUCCAGCAAGCGAGUUCCGUCGUCACGGAGACCAACCAGGAAGCAUAUGAGCUGACCGGUAACCAGUACUCCACCUACGGGAUCCAGUAUAAACCGGGUUUCGAUGGCGCUUACAUAAGCUGGAUCUCGGAUGGUAAGCUCGCAUGGACCCUCAAGCAGGCUGGUUUUGCCGCGGAUACUGUCGUGGAGAUUGGUCCUCGUCCUGUUCCCCAAGAACCAAUGUACCUCAUCGCCAACUUGGGCAUGUCUACCAACUUCGGCUUCGUCGACAUUGAGCACUUGAAGUUCCCCACCACAAUGAAGGUUGACUGGAUCCGCGUAUACCAGGACCCGGACAACAUCAACGUCGGUUGCGACCCCAGUGACUUCCCCACGGCCGCCUACAUCAACGAGUAUCUGGAGGCCUACACGAACCCCAACCUCACAACGUGGCGUGACGACUUCAAGCAACCGUUCCCCAAGAACAGCUUCCUGGGCCAGUGUUGAGCUCUUCGCUAGCGGUGUUAUUGAUGAUAUACCUUCGCCCAUACGCUCUGUUCUUCGAGGCCUUAAACAAAUCAAGAUGGAGACGUUGUCAAUUAUCCCUGUCUGGUCGUCGCUUUUAGCAUACUGCAAUGUAUUCAGAUUGCAUUUAGUCCUUUUUCCUUAC